CCGUCCAAAAGAAAAACUCUCACAUCUCUUCCAUCUCGACCCCUUUAAAUCGAUUUCCAUUUCCAUUUCCAUUUCCACCAUUUUUUUCCCAUUAAGGAAAGAACUCUCUCUCUCUUCUUCUUUCUCACUCUCUCUCUCUGAGUACGCACACAAAAACAUUGCCCGAACCCCAACUCCCCACAGCAUAGGACUUCGUUCCCUCAACCACUCUCUCUCUCUCUCUCUCUCUCUCUCUCUCACAUUGGAUCUGCGUUCCAACCCCAAAACCCACACCUUUCCUUGUCCGAUCCCGCCGAAUUCCCCAAGAAUCGCGAAGAUCGAACCGAAACGCCGCCGUUUCACACGCGGACAGAGAUAAGAGUCGGCCAUUCGGAUCCAAUUCAUCCCCCGGGCAUUUCUCCAUUGAAAUGGGAAAUGCCCGCGAGGUUUAUUAGCCGCUAAACGAUGAGAAAAACCGACGACGACGACGAAAACAAGAAGAACAACGCCGACGACGACAACGACUGCUUCUACGAGUCCCUCGACCGCAUCGUCUCCUCCUCCUGCUCCUGCUCCAAUUCCAACUCCGACAACGACGACAACGACGCCGUUUCCUGUGCCUCCCCCAAUUAUGGGUCGGUCCCCAAAUUCCCGACCGCCGUCUCGUCCUCCAACAAGUACGAUGUCUGGAUCUCCGAGCCCUCCUCCGUCUCCGAGCGCCGCUCCAGCCUCCUCCGCCAGUUGGGCCUCAGCAACGACCCCUCCUUAUCUCGAACCAGGCCCACCACCCGGGAUUUCGAAUUAGGCGGUGAUUUCGGCCGAUCGGCGUCGUCCGAUCGCCUGACCAAUCUUCCCGCCGCCUCCGCCAUCGUUCGAUCGAAAUCAGACGGGAAUGAUCGUCAGUGUGAUGUUUUGCCCUCUACGUCUUCUGUUUGUUCUCCUCCAAUUCUUUCAAUUCAUUCUUCUUCGGUUUCUCUUGUAAAUAACAAUGAUAGUAAUAGUUGUAUUGGCGAUCAAGUUCUUGUUAAGUCGCGGAGCGGUAAUGGCAAUGGAGGAUCAAAAUCUCCGGUUGCUAGUGCUGCCGCUCCACCGAAUAAGCCGCCCAUUGGGAAGAGUAGUUCCAAAAGGGCGGACGAGAUUCGUGACGAUUCGAAUGGUGAUUUUGAUAGUAAUGUAGGUGGUGGUGGGGAGGUUGAGGCGGCUUUGGAUUGUAAUGGUGUUGGGAAGGAAAGUGAGAAAGUUUGCUUGAUUAAGAACCUUGACAAUGGGAAGGAGUUUGUGGUGAAUGAGAUUAGGGAAGAUGGGAUGUGGAACAAACUUAAGGAAGUGGAGACUGGGAAGCAGUUGACCAUGGAGGAGUUUGAGAUGAGUGUUGGGCACUCACCGAUUGUUCAAGAAUUGAUGCGGCGGCAGAAUGUGGAGGAUGGGAAUACGGAUAACUUGGAUUUGAAUGCGAAUGGGGUUGGUGGAGGCGGGGUGAAGAUGAAGAAGAAGGGGGGUUGGUUCAAGAGUAUAAGGACUGUGGCGAGCUCGGUGACAGGUCAUAAGGAGAGACGGAGCAGUGACGAGAGGGAUACCUCAUCGGAGAAGGGUGGGAGGAGGUCGAGCUCUGCCACGGAUGAUAGCCAGGAUGUUUCGUUUCAUGGGCCGGAAAGAGUGAAGGUUAGGCAGUAUGGAAAAUCAUGUAAAGAGCUCACGGCGCUCUACAAGAGCCAGGAGAUACAGGCCCACAAUGGGUCUAUAUGGAGCAUUAAGUUUAGUUUGGACGGGAAGUAUCUUGCUAGUGCUGGUGAAGAUGGUGAUAUUCACGUUUGGCAGGUUGUGGAGUCUGAGAGAAAAGGGGAUCUGUUGAUGGAGAAAACAGAUGAUGUGAAUUUGAAUUUGUUGUUUAUUGCCAAUGGGUCGCCAGAACCAACUUCCUUGUCUCCAAGUAUGGACAAUCAUCCAGAAAAGAAGAAAAGGGGGAGGUCAUCUAUAAGCCGAAAAUCAUUGAGCUUGGAUAAUGUCGUGGUGCCCGAGACUGUGUUUUCGCUUUCAGAAAAAUCCAUCUGUUCAUUUGAAGGACACCGUGCUGAUGUGCUCGAUCUCUCAUGGUCCAAGUCUCAGCACUUGCUCUCAUCUUCAAUGGACAAAACAGUGCGGCUGUGGCACUUGCCUAGCAAGUCUUGUUUGAAAGUUUUUUCACACAGUGAUUAUGUAACUUGCAUCCAGUUUAAUCCUGUUGAUGAUAGAUUUUUCAUCAGUGGAUCCCUGGAUACUAAGGUUCGGAUAUGGAGCAUUCCUGAUCGUCAAGUUGUUGAUUGGAAUGAUGUACGCGAGAUGGUCACUGCUGCUUGCUAUACACCAGAUGGUCAGGGUGCACUAGUUGGUUCAUACAAGGGUAGUUGCCGUUUGUACAAUACAUCUGAAAAUAAAUUGCAACAAAAAAAUCAAAUCAAUCUGCAGAAUAAGAAGAAGAAAUCUCAUCACAAGAAAAUCACUGGUUUCCAGUUUGCUCCAGGAAGUUCAUCAGAAGUUCUCAUCACUUCUGCAGAUUCACGAAUUCGAGUUGUUGACAGUAUUGAUCUAGUUCACAAGUUUAAAGGGUUUCGUAACACAAACAGCCAAAUAUCAGCCUCUCUAACAGCAAAUGGAAAAUAUGUUGUAUCUGCCAGUGAGGAUUCUAAUGUGUAUGUGUGGAAACAUGAAGCUGAUUCUCGGCCUAGUAGAACCAAAGGUGUCACUGUUACACACUCUUAUGAAGUUUUCCACUGCCAAGAUGUAACUGUCGCUAUCCCUUGGCCCGGCAUGGGCGACUCUUGGGGAUUACAGGAUGCGUACUGUGAGGAACAAAACGGGCUUGACAAGAAUCUUGAUGAGGUCUCCACAGCCAAUUAUCCUCCUACACCUGUUGAGGAUAUUAACGGGGGUUCACAAUCUGCAUCCGGCUUCUCAAAUAGUCCUCUUCAUGGAACCAUUUCUAGUGCAUCAAAUGGGUACUUUUUUGAUAGAAUAUCGGCGACAUGGCCGGAGGAAAAACUAAUAGCUACCAGGAACAGGAGCAGCCCUAGGGUCAGUGUGGAUUUCUCCAAUGGUCUAAACGAAAACAUGCCAGCCUGGGGUCUGGUGAUUGUAACUGCUGGCCGUCGAGGAGAAAUUAGAACUUUCCAAAAUUUUGGGUUGCCUGUUCGAAUUUAAGGGGCCAAACCUCAGCCUUGAGCUACAACAAAGGCAGUACGGUCCACUUCUCUCAUUAUAUGGCAAAAUUUGUACAGAGAAUUGGGUGAGAUUUGCAAUAUUAGCGGAGUUCCAUUUCUUGUGCUUUUGCUAGCCGGAUGAGUGCAGAUGGGGGAGCCAAUCCGGCUGAGCAUUUCCAAAAAAAAAAGAAUAGAUUUGUUAAAAAGGGUAAAAAAAAAUAUAUAUAUUUACACCAUGAAUCUAGAAAACCGAUGGAUUUGUGCAAUCGGGAAUUGUAGAGUUAUGAGCAUGGAAAAAGCUUAUUGAAUUAAAAAAAUGAAAAUUCUUUACGAUUCAUUCUUA